UUUUGUGCUUUUUGAGCAUGAAUAUUAUUUGUCUUGUGAAUUCCUUUGUUGUGAUCCUCUUGCUUUAUCCUUUUGCCAUCACUACUGCUCUUAAGGCAUGCACCAACAAGGCUACUCAAUCUCAUACCUUACGUUAUGAGUUAUUAACAUCAAAAAACCAGACAUGGAAGGAAGAAGUGAUAUCACAUUAUCAUCUAACUCCAACAGAUGACUCAGUUUGGGAAAGUUUGUUGCCCAGAAAGUUACUGAAAGAAGAACAAGAACACCAUGAUUGGACAAUCAUGUACAGAAAAAUCAAGAAUAGGGGUUUUGUCUCGCCACCUCAAGGUCUUCUCAGAGAGGUUUCAUUACAUGAUGUGAGAUUGCAUCCCCACUCGAUCCAUGCCCGUGCACAGCUUACAAAUUUGGAGUAUCUGUUGAUGUUAGAUGUUGAUAGCUUGCUCUGGAACUUUAGAAAGACAGCUGGUUUACCCACUCCUGGCAAGCCUUAUGGAGGCUGGGAAGAGCCCAAAAAUGAGCUUCGUGGCCAUUUUGUUGGACAUUACUUGAGUGCAUCGGCUUUGAUGUGGGCCAGCACACAUAAUGAUAGUCUAAAGGAGAAAAUGUCAGCGCUUGUUGCCAAUCUUUCUGCCUGCCAAAAGAAACUUGGCACAGGAUAUCUAUCGGCUUUUCCAUCUCAUUCAUUUGAUCGCUUGGAAGAACUUAAGGCUGUGUGGGCCCCAUAUUAUACCAUUCACAAGAUAAUGGCAGGCCUUUUAGAUCAACAUAUCAUUGCUGGAGAUGCUCAUGCUCUUAAAAUGCUAAAAUGGAUGGUUGAGUACUUUUAUAAUCGCGUACAAAAUGUGAUUACAAAGUACACUAUAAAUAGACACUAUCAAUCAAUGGAAGAGGAAACUGGAGGAAUGAAUGAUGUCCUUUACAAAUUAUAUAGCAUAACGGGAGAUUCGAAGCAUCUACUCUUGGCCCAUCUUUUUGACAAGCCAUGCUUUUUAGGGUUGCUUGCUAUUCAGGCUAAUGAUAUAGCAGAUCUUCAUGCUAAUACACAUAUUCCAAUUGUUGUUGGAUCUCAAAUGCGAUAUGAGGUCAUUGGUGAUCCACUUUAUAAGGACAUGAGCACAUUCUUUAUGGGUCUUAUUAACUCUUCUCACAGCUAUGCAACCGGAGGAACAUCAGUUACAGAGUGGUGGCAUGAUCCAAAAAGAAUGGCAGAUAACUUGAACACACCAGAGACUGAAGAAUCAUGCACAACUUAUAACAUGUUGAAGGUUUCAAGGCACCUAUUUAGAUGGACCAAAGAAGUAGCAUAUGCAGAUUAUUAUGAGCGUGCCUUAACAAAUGGUGUACUAAGUAUUCAAAGAGGCAAAGAACCUGGAGUGAUGAUUUAUAUGCUGCCACUAGGCCCAGGUGCUUCCAAGGCUAAAUCUGAACAUGGUUGGGGAACAAAGUUUAACUCUUUUUGGUGUUGCUAUGGAACAGGUAUUGAAUCAUUCUCAAAGCUGGGGGACUCUAUUUAUUUUGAACAAGAUGGGAAGAAUCCAACUCUUUAUAUUAUCCAAUACAUAUCAAGCUCUUUUAAUUGGAAAUCAGGGGAUCUCAUGCUUAAUCAGACAGUGGUUCCUACCACUUCGAGAGAUCCUUAUCUUCGAGUCACAUUUACACUUUCUCCUACAAAGGGAUCAAGUUCUUCUUCAACACUGAACUUCCGGAUACCAACAUGGGCACGUUUGGAUGGUGCUAAAGCAAUGCUAAAUUCUGAGACCCUAUCUAUGUCAUCACCUGGAAACUUUCUUUCGGUCACGAGAAAGUGGAGUGCCAAUGACAAGCUAACUCUGCAAUUUCCCAUUACUCUUAGAACUGAACCUAUAAAAGAUGACAGGUCAAAAUAUGCUUCUGUCCAAGCAAUUCUUUAUGGUCCAUAUCUUCUUGCUGGCCACACCACUAGUGAUUGGAACAUUACAAUUAGGUCAAAUGCAUCUAUUGAUGAUUGGAUUACUCCAAUCCCUACUAAUUACAACAGUCAACUGGCAACUUUUUCUCAAGAUCUUUCUGGCUCAACUUUUGUUCUCACAAACUCAAAUCAAUCUCUUAAGAUGACAAAACUACCUAAACCUGGAACGGCAUUGACUACUCAUGCAACCUUUAGAAUUAUCCCAAGUGGGUCGUCCUCAAAAGGCUCUUCAACAGUUGGAGAUAUUAUUGGUAAAGCAGUGAUGUUGGAACCAUUUGAUCUUCCUGGAAUGUACUUGAAGCACCAAGCAACAGAAAAUAGUCAAGUUAUUGUGGGUCAUUCUUCCAAUAAUGGUGGGGCCUCAAGUGUUUUCAAUGUAGUAAAAGGACUGGAUGGACAAAGAGGAACUAUAUCCCUGGAAUCAAAAACCAGGAAGGGUUGCUUUGUGUCUAGUACUGGAUCUGGUGCAAGUGUGAAGCUUAAAUGCAAGUCUAAGUCUAAACCUCAUACUAAUAGUUUCAAAAGAGCUGCUAGCUUUAUAGCAAGAAAGGGACUAAGCCAGUAUAAUCCUAUCAGUUUUGUAGCCAAAGGGGCAAAGAGGAAUUAUGUUUUGGAGCCAUUGUACUGGUUUAGAGAUGAAACUUAUACAGUUUACUUCAACAUUCAUACCUCCUCCAAUUGAUUGCAGGAGGAAAUGGCACUGUCAUCUCUAGAUAACAAUCCCAUGGGGUAGUUUCUAUCUUCAAAUGAUGUAAUAAAGAAGGAGAUGAAGAAGAAGAGUGUGUAGUGGAUAAUGUAAGUGUUAAGUCCUUCCU